GGAGGAGAGAGGAGACGAGAGGAGAGGAGAGACGAGAGGAGAGAGGAGAGGAGAGAGGAGAGAGGUGGAGAGGAGAGCAUCACAGAAUCGCCUCACAAAGUUCUGGGUUCUGCACCUGGGUGCGGGCGCACUCAGAUCCUUUUUACCUACGCCAUGUUCUUCGUGAGCCUUGGCUUCCUGUGACCGCGACGGGGCCUGUGCUGAAACGGAGACACGGAUGCCGCAGAGGCAGAAGGUUCCAAGCCAGUAAGGAUGUGCCAGCGAGACACGCGGAGCCGUCGAGGGAGAUGCAGUGACAUGAGCCUAAGGAUUCCCAUCACCAUCUUCGGCGUCGUGCUGCUGGGCAUUUGGACCCCUGGCACGGAGAUCGAUCGUGGUAUCCCUGCGGAUUCGCCCAACCGCAGCAUGGGCGCGAUCUCGCGCUAUGACGAGAAGAUGGACCAGUUGAGGCUUGAGCAGCAAAACCGCCCCGAGAAGGAGUACUGA